CGCGUCGCAAGCAAAUCUAUUCUUUAUCUCAACGACGCGCACCAGCCUUGCUUAUGUUUCUGAUUCAUCCUACACUCUAACUUUCACUCCUCGACUAUUGGAUAUAAUCGCGGACGGUACCUAGUUUCGGUAUUCUCUUCUUGAUAACACACUUAUCUCACGAUGUUACGACAUAUACCAUCUUGGGUUUCUGGUCUACAGGCUAGCGGGUUUGGUUUCAUCUAUUCUGCUCUAAGGGGCAUGCUUCUUUUACCUGGACUCGGGGUUAUGUCAGUUGUCCUGGUUUGGUGUGUUAAUGUACUUGAUAGAAUGGAAAUUGGCUUCACAUUGCACUCCCGAACCAUAUCAAUCUGUUGGGUCUCAAUGCCCAGUACUGCACCUGUUGUUCACAGUCUUGCGACCCUCACCCCACCUGCCAGUCUCAACAAAGCAUUUUUUUGGUUGAGCGCCUUGGCACCCGUCAUCCAUCCCGACAUGGACGAGCGAGCAGGACGAAGAUCUUAGCCUAGAGUAUUAUAGCACCUCGAAAUAGACAUUUGUUGUGUGUGCUUGCCUUAUGUGCCUCAAGGAAUGUCUCAUGAUGCAUCUUUGAUCCUCUUAUACAAUUAAGUUUGGUUU